UUUUGACGGUCACGUGACACUCGCAGCAAGGUCGAGCAGUGGUACAGCUGCUUGACAUUUUGUGUAACGUCUCCACAUGUCGGAAACGUGGUUUUCAUUGAGAAUGAGACUGUCAGGUGCAGUUAGUAUCGUUAGUACACCGUGUUUACUUUCUGCAGCAGCUGCCGCCGUCUGACUGUUGUCAUGUAACUGUUUGAUUUGUUUGUUGUAAACACAGCUAGGUUAGGUUAAGCUGAGCUAGCUAAGUUCAUCACCAGUUACUUAAACAUGGGCUCUGCUCCAAAUCACGGCACCGUCAGCGUUACAGAGACGGGACUGUCAAACAAGCCGGUGUCUGCUGUGUCACUAGCCGGACAUGUCCAGCAGGUCUUCAGCCAUGUGAGGAUAGAAAACCUGGUGGCGGGACUCAGUGGAGGAGUGGUGUCAACACUGGUGCUUCACCCUCUAGACCUGGUCAAAAUCAGGUUUGCAGUGAGUGACGGGUUAGAAUUAAGACCUAAGUACAGUAGCAUAUUGCACUGUAUGAAGAGUGUCUGGCACCAGGAGGGACUGAGAGGACUCUACCAAGGAGUAACACCCAAUAUUUGGGGUGCUGGAGCAUCAUGGGGUCUCUACUUUUUUUUCUACAAUGCAAUCAAAUCAUACAUAAAGGAAGGCCGUCAGACUGAACUGAGCGCCACAGAACACAUGGUGUCUGCAGCCCAAGCAGGCAUCCUAACACUCACCAUGACCAACCCCAUCUGGGUGACCAAGACCCGGCUGGUGCUGCAGUACAGUACUGACCAAACCAGUAAGCAGUACAAGGGGAUGAUGGAUGCGCUGGUCAAGAUCUACCGCCAUGAGGGAGUGCCUGGACUGUACAAGGGUUAUGUUCCUGGUCUGUUCGGAACAUCUCAUGGAGCGCUGCAGUUCAUGGCCUAUGAGGAGCUGAAGAGGGACUACAACAAAUACAAGAAAGUGCCUUCAGAAGCAAAGCUGAACGCAUUGGAAUAUAUUGCAAUGGCAGCAUUAUCCAAAAUAUUUGCUGUGGCUACAACAUACCCAUAUCAGGUGGUGCGAGCUCGACUGCAAGACCAGCACAAUAGAUAUAAUGGUGUUAUUGAUGUCAUCAGGCGGACAUGGAGGAACGAAGGCACAAUUGGUUUCUACAAAGGCAUCAUCCCCAACUUGAUUCGUGUCACACCCGCCUGCUGCAUCACUUUUGUAGUUUAUGAGAACGUGUCUCGCUUCCUUCUGGGCCAAAGUAAAUGAGGUCUAAGAGUAAGGAAUGGACUCAUAGGACGCACUGACAUGUUGGUGCUUCACCAAGAUACAGGAGGAAACACAUCAGACUCAACCCAGGUUAUCUCAGUAACUGGCCAGUGCUCUGUGCAUGUAAAUGUGCAGAUGUGAGAAGUGUUCAUUUGCGCUGAAAAUGAAUGAAAAAGUUGCCAACAG